AUGAGUUCGCUGCCCACCCAUCCCGACCAUGAGUGGAGUCUCAUGAUCAACAUGGCGGCGCAAGCCACUGGGGCCUUUGACCCGAACGAAUACUAUCGACUCACAAACCUCGCGCUGGGCGGCGAGUUUUCUCUUGAUGUCGACGGUUCUAAGGCGAUCCCCGAUGGCAAAAUGGGUAUGGCAGCGUCAGGGCUGUACACGGGGCAGAUUUAUCAGAUUUUGGAGAAUGCAGACGAUCCAGGUCACUACUGGUUCGCAAGUUCCUGGCUGGGCGCGAAGGAGAAGAUGGACGCCGUCAUUAACGAUAGAGGGGACUACGCACCAUUCUUGAGGAAUAUCACAACUGAUUACAACCAGACGUGGGGGCUUACACCUCAUGUCGAUACCGCAAACAAUCGGACAACAUGGACAAUCAUGCCGGACUGGUUUGGAGGUGUAGGGUCCAGCCGAGCUAUGAGCGUUUACAACGACACCAAGCAGCCCUAUCUAGCUACACCGGGGCCGAACCCGGAUCUUGGGCAUGGCGAUGUCAACCAAGCGUGGUUCAUCACGAAGGAGGGAAUGACUAUUGAUGAUCCCACUUUCUCAUCAACAAACUUACCAUCCCUGGCUACCGCGGCACCGAUAGUUCCUGAAGGUGUGACGCCUAGCGCUGUAGCCGCAACGCCAACAUCAGAUUCAACACGUGCUGCUGGAUCAAGUGAAACUGAUCAUCUCGCGGGCCCACUGAUUGCUGCUGCCGUGGUGCCGACUGUAACCGUCUUCAUUUCUGUCAUCGCUUUCAUCACUUUCAUCUGCAUGCGCCGCCGCAGGGCUAGGAGGAUGGCUCGGAACAUGCCAUACGGAAGCGGUUCGAACGCGGCAGCAUCCAAAGAUGGACUCGCGUCCGAGAUUCUCGAUACCUUCAGCGCAGAGACCCUAGGUCACUGGCGGCGACGACACUCUAUGCGUGAGAAGAACCAGCCUUUCUCACAGAGCGUCGCAAGUAGCCACCUGAGCGAGCCUCGACUUGCACGUCUACCCGAAGAUAGCGUCAUGUCCAUCAACCCGCGCGCAAAUCCAUUAAGGCCUCCGCCUUUGCGUACGGGGUCAUCUUACCGUGGUGGAGCUCAUUUUCAUGGCAGACAUGCAUUCUUUGGGUCUUCGGCUCUAGGACUGUCCGACACCGACACGACCCUUACAAGUCAAGACUUAUAUCACAUGCAGAUCGAGGAGCUGAGUGGGGUGUCACCGACGAGAAAGCCACCAUGGAUGGAGGAACGGAGCCCUAGUGUGAUGGAAGGAAAAGGAAUGGAAGUUUUAGAUACGACGUCUGGUGACCCGAGACACAAGAGGAACAACAGGCCAUCAAGCCCGUUCGAGUUGGAGAAUACCCGACCACAGAGCAGAUAUGAACUGGAAUGA